AUGUUUUUAUUCACAUUUUUAGUUGGAUCAGUACAUAUUCAUUAUAUCGAGGGUAAAAGAUUAAGCAAGAAAACAUCAAUGGUAACUCUCCAAGGAUCCGAUAAAUAUCUUGCAAUCGGCGAGGUUUCGGAUUCAAUUAGUAGAUUUCCGCCUCGUCUUAACGUAUAUUCUAUUGGAACAUCUAAAAUACUAAGUUCUACAUCUAUUCAAGGCCAAGAUGCCUCUCUUGGUUAUGCAAUUGCUCCAAUAAAAAAUGGUUUCAUUGCAUCUUCACCUCAAGCAGCUUUUAGAUGGGGUAAACCAGGUCCAAUUUUAACAAAAAUUUACUCUUCAAGAACAAUUCACGAAACUUUAAAUUCAUCAUAUAUUCCAUACGGCGAAACUCUUGCUGCGUCGCUAUAUUAUAAAUUUGUGAUUGCUUGUUCACCUUUUGAGAACAAAGGUUGUUAUAUUAUUAAUGAAACACAUCGAAUUAUUCAAGCACCUGAUAAUGUUACUUUAUUUGGCAUUGCUGUAGCUGUAUCACCUAGCGGAAGAUACUACGCAACAAUGUCUCGUGAUCAUUCAAGACCAGUUUCAAUUCAUAUCUUUAAUUCUUCAGAUGAAAUCGAAAAUUCUUUCAAAAUAGUUCACAAUCCAUUAAUUGAUCUUCAACAAGCAAGACCAUACUUACAUUUCGAUAAUGAUAAUAGUAUGAUAGCAGGAUUUCCCGAAAUCGGAAAAGUAUUUUCUUAUAAAAGAUCUACAGUUGGCUGGGUUACGGAACAUCCAGCAGAUAUCGAGAUGACAUCUAUUAGUAAGUCUGGAUCCUAUUUUAUCACCGUAAAUAGAGAUGGCGAAGUGAAAUUUUUUGAUAAUUUAUUCAAAGAAGUAGACAGCAUAAAUGUUCAGCGUUCAAUUAAAAAUUCCAACUUUACAAAGAUUGUUGGAGGCGAUACAUGGUUUGCUGUCCUUGAAGAUGACGGAAAUGAAAGAACACUCCAUAUUUAUUCGACAAAAUCAUCGAAUUACUUCCACGCAUUAUUUAUUGUUGCUUUGCUCCUCGUAACUUCUAUUUUAUAUAUAAUUAUGAGGCCAAAGAUUUCCAUCAGCGUCUUUAGACGCCCAGGAAAGAAACUUUUUUAG